UUGGCCGUGUUUUUCAACGCCAUUUACACGGUGACACACAACAUCCGGUUUAUUCGGGAAGCUAAUGCAUCCUGCCAGAGGAAGAAACGGCCUUGCAAAAUUAGAUGACCGCAAACGUUUAUCUUCUGCCAAACAACAUCCCAUAAAGAAUUUUGGUUCUAUAGCUGCUGCGUACGUUUAGUACGAUUACAUGUCAUGUUCGACUUUCUCUGCUGAUAUGACGUCAGGAAAGGUUCGCUUUUCCCGAACUCUCACGGUCGACGAAUAUCUCGCUGAGAGUAACGUGUUGUUCUACCUGAGUGAUGCACUGAUCCAGCUGUUGGAACAUAAAGAGGAAUACACCAAUUUUGGAAUAAUUCGGUAUUUCGCUGAAUAGUAUGUUACAUUUUUUUAGCAGCGUAAAGAAUAGUAACCACAUCCUCUUCAGAGAGUUUAACUACAUCAAAGCAACACCUCAUAACAGAGCCUCAUUCAUCAGAGUCUUCUGGAGAUGCUACCGACAGAUUGGCAAGAGUGGAGAUCUGCUGUCAAUUUCGGAGUACAGCUCUCUGCUCCAGUUGUUAUGUCCAGAUUUCCCAAUGGGGAUAGUAAAGAGUGCAGCCAGAAUUGUUUUGAUGGAUGAUGGUUCAGACUUUUUGAUGUCCUUCUCUGACUUCCUUUACGCCUUCCAGCUGCAAUUCUACUACCAAGAAUUUCUGGAUAGUCUGCUGGUGAUCUACCAGGAUCUGUUAGCUGGAAAGGGUCCAAACACAGUCAUUGUGCCCACAUCAAAUUCUGUCGAGCAGCUUCCUUGCUUGGGUACAGAGGGAAAUAAAAAGGAGCAAGACACAGAAGUGGAAGCUUCCACUCUGGUUGAGUGCAUUGAUGGACUCAUUGAUCGUAUUAAAAACAGUCAUCCGCCAAGCUCCUGUUUACAAGAAGCAUUAGAAGAGAAUUGCAAGGUGUCAUAUAACAGCUUCCUGAUGACCCUGGCUAAAAAUGAAUUUAUUAACCAAACUAUUGGAGCCUUACCCAGUAAGACAGAAGUACUGAAUGAUCCAGAGAUGGACCAGGAACUGGACAAACUCAUCGCCCAGAUCUCUGUCAGCCCCAGCAGCAACAGCAGCAGCAGUGCGGUGGGGAUGCUGAAGGAGGUGCAGAGAAAGGCCUCCCCAAGAAGGAACAUCCACCACAGGAGGAAGAUGGAGGUUGAGAGUGAUGGCUCGACAGAGGAGACAGACUCUUCUGAAAACUGAGCAUUCACCUUCCAUCAUGGUUCUGUUAUGAUUCACUACAAGCUUCCCUUCCUAUGUGAACUCACACUCUAGUUUUAGUUCUUGUUGAUGGAGUGUAGUGGCAUGCAAAUACUUGAACCUCUUAUUGAAGAAAGAAGUAUGACAAGAAGAGCUCACUGAACCAAUGUUUGUUCAGCUUGUAUUAAAGACAGCGACCGAAAUGUUUUUAUCCCUAACCUGCUGUCCUUUAACUAUACACUGAAUUACAUAAUGUUAUUUAUUUUGGGGUAUUGGGGUGAUCAAGCUAUUAAAGAUAUACAAUAACUGAGGCUGAUUUUGAUUCGUACAAA